AUGAUGUCUUCAACUGUUUUAUUCACUAGUACACUACUUAUUUCGACAAUCUCAGCAAAUCUGUUCAGUUCUGGCAUGUUUCUUGUUCGUAUUUCAUCCGAGCGGCAACACAAUAUUCAAUAUUGCUUCACCGAAUUACCGUACACCUGGGAAAGAAGACAAAACAGUCGAUGCUUGAAAUCUGGUGAACUGAACAUUGCCAAAAGAACUGAGAAGGUUAUCGAUCUGAGGCUUAUGAAUUCGUCCAAAGCCUACCUCAGCAUAGAAUUGACUGUAUCCGAAGGAAAUCAAGGACCCGCCAAAAUCAUCAAGGAACGUGUAGUCGUCGACGGUGCACUUCCUGCCAAGCGGGUUGCGGUUGCAAGCGGGCUGGUGAUGGACUUUAUUACCAUAUGCGACAGGCCUUGGUACGGUCUCAUGUGUUCACGUUACUGUAUCGAGCAUAGCGAUGCUCAUUACGUUUGCGAUCCACGCGGCGAAAAAGUGUGCACAGUCGGCUGGACCGGAAAGGACUGUGAUAUCGCAACAAAAAACAUCUUUCCUUCCCGUUCCGAUGAGACUACGGAGGUCCCGCCGAUUUCUUCAGCUACGCAAGCCUUUCCAAGUACUGGUAGGUUGCCUACACAAGAAUCGGGGACCAUUACGGUCAGAACAACGUCGGUGGCUCCUGCUACACGUGCAUCAACGGCAAAAAGAACAAAAAGGCCUAUGCAAACUGCGUCCACUCCAGUGCGGCAUUCAAACACCGAACGGAUCGCUAAAACAACACGUAUUCCGUCAAUUAAAACCAGCACAGAUUCAUCUUCACAUAAAGUUUCCACAUCAACCCAACUCAGCUCUCGGAAUAAGGAGACUGGGAACGCUCAGAGUACGUCUUCACCUGUCAAACAGGACUCCAGCAGUUCUUUUCUGCGAAAUUCUCUAAUCCUGCUUCUAUUAAUCGUUUCAAUUUUGGCACUUGGAUUUUUACUCAUGAUAUGUACUCGUAACUCAUCUGUACAAAAUUGGAUUAACACUAGAAAGGCGAAAAUAUUCGCACAUGGCAGUUGUCCGUCACCAUCAUUUCAACGAUAUGAUUUGGAUAUACCAACGCAAAAGAUCUUCGUUAUUGAAACGGAAAAGACUGUCACAAAAAUCGUCGACGAAUCGGAGGAAGAGUUUGGUCCACGCUAUUCGUCGCAGCCAACUUCACCAAUCGACAAACCGCUGUCCGUAAAUGAUACGAGUGCGGUCGAGUCGAAUACGUAUCAUGAGAUUGAUUCGUUUUUUGUGCCAGCAGUUGCGGAUCUACGGAUCGCUACAUUGGUCUAG